AUGACGACAGCGGCGACUCCCUUGCCAGAUCACUGGUACUACUUCUUUGGCAUCAUCGAGCCCAUCUCGGUCCUGGCUGGAGCGACCUAUGCCAUCUUCUUCCAGGAGAACUAUCAUGCAGAGCUGAUCCCCUCGGCCCUCGCACGCCUGACGUCGUCCGCCUCACCGGCAUUGGGCUCGACGUCGACGUCGUCGGCCUGGAGCGGCUUUCGAAGUGUCUGGCAGACGGCAACACAGGAAAGCAUCGGAAAGACGUUGCCCCAGAAGAUCAUCUUCCUUGAUGAAGCGACGAAGAUGGCCCUGGCACAGCUCGGCAGCUGCUACUUUCUUAUCAUGCUCAACUCGGCCCUGAUGUUCUACGCACUCCGCCGACAUCUCGGCGCAACCUCGCCUGCCACCCUCGAAUCGAUCCUCUACUACCUCUUUGCGGUCCUCGGAAUCGCCGACUGGACGCACAUCCUGCUCACCAUCCACUUUCUCCCCUCGCGCCACGCGGGCACCAUCUACCCCUUUUUGCAGAAGCUCUUUGCCCUCCUCGUGCCGUCGAACUGGAACGCGCUCCUGUUUGGCAACAUUGCCAUCACCUUUGCCCUCUUCUGCGCACGGGUCGCCUGGGCGGUGGGCUUCAAGAGGCAAACUUUCUGGAACGAGAGUGGGGUGACGGCGGCGGCGCCGAAAGCAGUCAAGCCGUCCGCUAGGUCCAGCAGCAUCUCGAAGAAGCGCAAGUGA